CCAGCACUUCCUCUAUCUCUGUCAGUUGUGCCACUUCUCGGGAAGCACCAGCUAUGGAGAUGGCUGACGAAUCCUCAGAUAAUAUAUACGCAAACGUGUCCAUCAAGCAGCCCCGAGCCAAGAGACCAGAGGCACAAUACAAGGUGUCACAGAGUUCCUGUGGACGGGCUGUGUGGCUUCUUACAGCUCUGAGCUGCCUCCUGCUGGCAGUCAGUAUAUCCCUGGGGGUGCUCUGCUUCAAAAUAUCUAGAGACUACCAUGAAACCAGCUUCAGUCUGGAUCAGAUAACUGCAGAGCACCACAACCUGAGCAAAGCUGUCGCAGACUUGAAUAAGAAAGGGUGCAACAUGUGUCCUGAGAACUGGCUGCUGUUCAAAGACAUGUGUUACUACUUCUCACCUGACAAACUGAGCUGGAAUUCAAGCCGCGCUGCCUGCAUUUCUGCAGGGGGAGACCUGGUGAUUAUACAGAGCUCACAGGAGCAGGCAUUCUUAAAGAAACAGAUUAAUGCGCUCCACUGGAUUGGACUCACUGAUGUGGUAACAGAAGGUGACUGGCGCUGGCUGGACGACACAACUCUAAAUGAAAAUACAACAUCCUGGGGCAAACCGCCUGAUGACUGGAAAUCAGUGGACCCGACUGGGGAAGAUUGUGCACUUUUAAAUAAAUCCGGCCUUUAUGACGUAUCCUGUAGAAGCAAGUACGAACGGAUCUGUGAGAAAGUAACACCUAUAAUAUGAAAGCGAUCGCUUGACAUCCGUUUUCACAGUGCUGUGGUAUUUGUUUACACAGCCCUUACUCUGUGUAGAAGCCAGCACACACGCAGCCUACACUGUUUCAUACAGGCUGACAUUCUGAUUAUUAAAUAUUGUUAAAUACUGAA